GUAGCGGCGACACCGGCCGGGUGUUCCUUCAAGCUCCAUAAACCCUAGAUUUAAUUGGGUUCCUGUGAAGCGGUGGCCGUAAAUGAGAUCGUACCGAUCCAUCCCGGCUUCGAUUAGAUGUUGGAUCUUCCGUAAAAAUCUUGGUUCGAGACCGAAUCCCUCAAAUUCGAUCCCUUUUGCUCGCAUUUCCUCGUCACAGAUUCAUCACCAGCGUCAUCUUGGGGAAUCGAGUUGUUCCUGCCGUCGUAAUUUGCUUGGCGAUGUGAUUCUUUCACCUAGAACUGAUAUUUAUAUCUCAUUCAAGUCCCUCUAUUCCUCAUCUUCUACUGAAUCGCUUGUUUCGGAUGCAUCCGGUAAUCGCACAUCAAUCGAUGGUAGUGGAGAUGGCCGCGUGGGCUCUGCUUCGAGCAAAGUAUACGAAGCCAUAAUGUCCGCCUCAGGCUCCGGCGAAAGCUUGGGAGCUGCUCUCGAUGUGCUGGGCAUCGAGCUGACCACCGAGCUGGUGAACGAGGUCUUGCACAUGCUGCGCUACGACGAGAAGUUGGCCUUCGGGUUCUUCGCCUGGGCAGGCCAUCAAGAUGGGUACGCCCACGAGCCUCCGACAUACAACUUCAUGAUCGACGUAUUGUCCAGCACAAGAUACAAGGACAAGCAAUUUGGUGUCGUCUGCGAUAUCUUGGACCACAUGAAGAGGAGCGGCAAGAAAUCGGUGCCCAUCGGUGCUUUGUUGACUAUCUUGAGGGUGUACACGGAGAAGCACUUGACCCAUCUCAGGAAAUUCGCGAAGAAGAGGAGAAUUAAGAUGAAGACUCCACCCGAGACCGAUGCACUUAACUUGCUAUUGGAUUCCCUCUGCAAGUGUAGCCUGGUUAAGGAAGCAGAUACCAUGUUUCACCGAUUGAAGAGCAAGGUCGCACCAAAUGCGGAGACGUAUAACAUUAUGUUCUUUGGGUGGUGCAGAGUGAGGAACCCGAAAGCCGCAAUAAAGGUGCUCGAGGAAAUGAUUCAGAUGGGUCACACUCCUGAGAAUUUUGCAUAUAAUGCUGCAAUUGAUUCCUUCUGCAGUGCCGGGAUGCUGUCAGAAGCAAGAGAGCUUUUCAGUUUUAUGAGAACUAAAGGUUCGACCAUAUCUUCACCAACUGCCAAGACUUAUGCUAUUAUGAUCGUAGGUCUUGCAAAAUUUGAUCAGUUGGAUGAGUGUUUUAGACUCCUCGCUGAUAUGAGAAAAAUUGGUUGCCUUCCUGAUGUUUCAACUUAUAAACAAAUGAUUGAAGGCAUGUGUUUGGCUGGAAAGGAUGAUGCAGCUCAUAAGAUCUUGGAGGAGAUGGCCGAGACAGGUUUUAGACCUGACAUUCUUACCUAUAACUGCUUUCUCAAGGUACUUUGCAAGCUCAAGAAGGCUGAAGAAGCUUUAAGGCUAUGUGAGAAGAUGAUAGAUGCUGGUUGUGAGCCUAGCAUUCACACUUAUAAUAUGUUAAUGACAAUGUUCUUUGAGAUGAAUGAACCUGAUAGGGCAAUCCACAUAUGGGAGGAGAUGGACAAUAGAGGAUGUGCUCGAGUUGCAGAUACAUAUGGUAUAAUGAUUGAUGGGUUGCUUAGCUGUUGCAGAGCACAGGAUGCAUGUUUCCUCUUGGAUGAGAUUAUAGACCGUGGGAUUAAGCUGUCAUAUUCAAGGUUUGAAGCUAUUUUGUUGCGGCUAUCAGAAAUAGGAAAUCUUAAUGCCAUCCAUCGGCUCUCAGAGCACAUGAGGAAGUUCUAUAAUGUUGCCAUGGCUAGGCGUUUUGCAGUAAGUCAGAAGAAGAAGAGAAUCAGCAUGAGGAGGAUAUGAUUAUGCAAAUCUCAGGAUCAAUGACUUGUUCUUUUGCCUUGUGUCAAUCUAAAGAAUAGUACUGAACUAAGUGAUGCUGUUGGUGAGGCCAAUUUCAGCCACCGUUGCAAAACCAGACAAAGUGCAAAUAAACAUGAAGCAAACAAGCGAUAAGGUUUGUGGAUUUAAGGUUCGGGCAUACUUGAUGGGCAAAUCUCCUAUUGCUAGUUUUGUUCUUUAAAAAGACGAAGUGACUGUGUAUUUAAUACUAGCGAGGAAAAGUAAGAGUAAAAUUAAGAGUCUUCAUAUCAAAAUGUCUGUUUUUCAAUUUUCUUGAAUGGGAAUGGGAAAAUUAGCCCAUUAAAGUAAAAACAAUGGAGGUGCGGCAAAGGAAGAAUGUAAAUGUUUUAUUUUCUCA